AUGACCACUUCAGUCCAAUUAUUAUCUGCUGGUAUCAUAGACUUUGAUUUACAUCAUGGAAUCCAUGCAAAAGAUUGGUGGUGGAAAACUCCCCAAAAAAAUAAUGAAUUUUGUCCAGGAUAUUGUUGUCAAUGUAAAGAACUUUCAAGUGAAGUUGAAAAAAAUCCAACCGAUGCUGUAUCCAAGUUGUAUCAAAAUAUUAACCCUAAUUCAACAAGAAGAAUAUCUGGAGCUGAGGUUUUAGGAUUUGAAUUGGAUAAAGUUGUUCAAGAGUUGUUAUUAAAUAUUGAAUUUAGACCAUAUUCAAUUCAAAUAGAAAAUAAUAUCAACUUAUUUAUUUGUGGCCUAAGGAGUUCAAAUAACAAUGCAUUAUGUGGAGCUGGGAAUGGUUAUAUUGCAUAUUCGAUUAAAAGAUAUGCUAGAUUAGGAUGUAAUGUUACAGAAGGUAGUGAUAUUGAAAAAGCAAUCAAUUUAAAAGGCACUUCAGUGGCAAACUUGCCAACAGAAGGUCAAUAUGCUGGUUAUAUUAGAGCUAGAUCUUUACCUAACACGGGUGAAUGGAAAAAAUUUUCUCCAGUGCAAAUUCAAAAAUUUUUAAAAGUAGAAGUAAUUAAACUUCAUCCACAAAUUUCUAUUCCAACCAAAUCAAAUAUACCCUGGACUUCUUCAAUCCCUAAAAAUAUAGAGGCUAAUAAAUCAAAAACCAGUAAUACAAUGGUUCAACCAAGCCAAAUAUUGUGA